AUGGGUCCAAUUCCGCUAAUCUUCACCUUUCUGCUGCUCGUCGGGUACGCCGUCUGCGCCGUCGGGCCAAGACACAUCCCAGCCAUCUCUCGAUUUCAAUACGAGCGCACUCGCCCCAGCCGCUACCCGAUGUCACCGCGAUUCUUGCCGGAGGGCGACUGGCGACAGUCAACUUAUUCCGGCUACCGGCCCCAAUACGGACGCUAUCAACUGGCCCCGAUGGCUCGACCG